AUGGAAGAUAGGCUUUACGCGGAGAUCGAGAGUGAAGACACAAAAGAAAGGAACGAUUAUCUUGUCAGUGUUGUGCAGGUCUUGAGCGAUACCAGUAAAACUAACCUCACCCACUCUUCACAUUACCUGUACCCAACAAAAAUUAUGAUUCCCGCCCUCCACGAUACCCAGGCGUCAUACCCACCUACCACCACCCUCCGUAGCCCUCCUUCACAAAUCCCAUCUCCAACACCCACCGCAGCCCACUAUUGCACAUCAACACCACCCACUGCAGCCCGACUUCAAAGAGUACCCAUCCCACCCACCGUAGUCCACCUUCACGGAACGUCUUCAGCACCCACUGCAACCCCCCUUCAGAGAACACCUACCGAAGCCCACCUUCAGGGAACACCUACCGAAGCCCCCUUUAAGAGAAUACCUACCGAAGCCCCCCUUCAGAGAACACCCACCGCAGCCCCCCUUCAGAGAACACCCACCGCAGCCCCCCUUCAGAGAACACCUACCGAAGCCCACCUUCAGAGAACACCCACCGCAGCCCACCUUCAGAGAACACCCACCGCAGCCCCCCUUCAGAGAACACCUACCGAAGCCCACCUUCAGAGAACACCCACCGCAGCCCACCUUCAGAGAACACCCACCGCAGCCCACCUUCAGAGAACACCCACCGCAGCCCACCUUCAGAGAACACCCACCGCAGCCCACCUUCACCCUUCCCUCUCCCCGCCACCCCGGUCCUCCUGUCAUCGCUCCGUCCCGCUGACCGCCGGACCGCCUGUCACGUCCUUCGCUGCCCAGGGGACGGAAAUCGCCGAGAGACGCAUGAAGGAGCAUCCCGUGGGCGUUUCUGAUCUCAGGGACUCCGUGAUUCAGCAAGAAGAUGGCAACCCACCUGCGCGCUGCCGAAGCUAUUGCUGUGUUUCAAGGGAUUACACGGUCCAGCGCCACCCUGGACGCUUAUCAGAGGCUGGCCUUAUCUCAGGUUACCUUCGCGAGGGCGUCCUGCAGGUCUUCAGGGAGCGAACAAGGGGUCGAGUGGUUGGUUGA